AUGGAGGAGAUGAAGGAGCAAGCCUGCGCAUCCACGCACUUCGUCAUGAAUGGGAAGAGCUGUAAGGCACCAUCAAUCAAGAAAUUACCUGUCCUGGUUCACUCUGGAUUAGUGGCUGUUUAUGGCACAGUUGUUUUGAAUCAGAUAGUUCUCUUUUUGGGAACAGAUGAUGGACAGUUACUGAAGGCUAUUCUUAAUGAGGAUAUGGAAUCUAAUUGCCCGGAGGUUUUGUAUGAAAUUAAGGAAGAAACCUCUAUUUUCCCCAAACUUCGACUUGAUCCAGUAGAUAAUAACUACAUCUAUCUGUCCUCUGCUAAUAAGGUGAGAAGAAUACCAGUUGCAAACUGUGGUAGAUAUGUUUCUGAGCAAGAGUGCUUAUCUGCAAAGGAUCCCUACUGUGGGUGGUGUUCUUGGAAUCGAAGGUGCACAUUAAAAGAAAAUUGUUCAAACAGCAAAAAGGGUUGGUUUAACAUUUCACGUGCACCUGAUAAAGAUCUGAAAAUCCUGCUAAGUUUCCCUGCCAAAAAUCAGGUUGCUGUGGCUGCAAACGUAAGCAAAGUCCUUACUUCCUGUAUGAUAAAAGUUGUAACACCUGUUGAAGUAUUUUAUGAAAAUGUAGUGCUGAAAAACUCAUCCUGUUUCUGCAAUUUAACCACUCCAGUUGUAACUGAUAAUGAGCACUCCAGUAUUCAUCAGGCUGUCAUACCAUGUGGGGACAAUGUGCUAGGGACCUUCCUGAAAUGGGCAAAGGCUAUGUUUGCAGAGAAUUAUGAUGAUGUGAUCCUGGUGAUCCUCUCAGGCCACCAGCUCAAAGUCAUGAUGCUGCUCUGGGUGCAUGAGAGAUUAGUGGGGAGAAAAAACGUGUGGGAGCAUAUCAGCAUUCAUUCCAUUGAACCUUUGUGGAUUUCUACAUUAGGCAAAAGUGAAAUAACAGUCAAAGGAGAAAACUUCACAAAUGCAUCAGACAUAAAACUGGUACUGACUGGAAUCACCGGCUGUAAACCAGACAUCAUUAAAGUUAGAAAGGUGCUAAAUGAUACACAGAUGACUUUUACUCUCCCACCAACACGUAAAGAGGCCAAAAGUAUAUGUAUACAGGCUCAUGGGAAAAAAUGUUCACCGCCAAUGACCCUGCAUUAUGUUUCACUGCCAUCAUGUUUUGGAAUCACACCAAAUACCUCCUGGAUAAGUGGUGGUCGCAAAAUUACUACGAGUGGUAGAAACUUUAAUGUGGUGGACAGUGUGAUUAUUUCAGAUGACCAGAGAUCAAACCUUACAGUCUCUAGGUGUCCUGGAAGCAAAUCUGAAUAUCAUUACUUAACACCAAGCCUGAGCCAUGCAACAGAGGGUAAAGUUGUUGAUAUGAUGUUAAAAGUGGAAACUACCUUUAUACCGUGUGUCAAACUGCACUAUCACCCUGACCCAGUGUUCAUUAACUACCAGCUGCACACGGAGCUGGACCCUGAUCUGGAAUUAAAAAUAUAUGUAAGUAUGAAAGUAAUAAAUUAUAAUUCCAUAUUUAAAAUGAAAGAAAAUGACAACUUGAAUAUUUCUAAAACUGAAGUAGAGGUUUAUCUGUCAUAUAUGAAUGGUGCACAGACCAAAAAGAUAUGGUUCAAUGUCCAAAAUAUUACCAAAAAGCCAGACCGUAGCACCAUACUGUGCAAAUUCAAAAGGGAAGGUACAGACAAGAUUGACUUUUCCACAGUGAAAGUUUUUGUCAAAUUAGGAAACUUUGAGCAUGAAGUCAAACCAACAUCAUCACACAUAUAUUUAUAUGUUCUUAUUUUGUUGCCUAUUGUAGUGGGUGUCAUUAUAGUGGCAUUCAUAGUUACUAGAUACAAAUCCAAAGAGUUAACACGUAAACAGAGUCAGCAACUUGAAUUGCUGGAAUAUGAGAUUCGGAAAGAAAUACGCGAGGGAUUUGCUGAGCUACAGAUGGAUGAAUUAGAUGUGGUAGAUAGUUUCGGAACCGUUCCAUUCCUUGACUACAAACACUUUGCUCUUAGAACUUUCUUUCCAGAGUCAGGAGGCUUUGCAUCCAUCUUCAGCGAAGACAUGCCACAGAGCAGAGACCAAACGAGCAAGGAUGAAAGCUUCAACAUGUUGCAUGCUUUAAUUUGUAACAAGAACUUUCUUGUUACUCUCAUUCACACCCUUGAAAAGCAGAAAAAUUUCUCUGUGAAAGACAGGUGCUUGUUUGCAUCCUUCUUGACUAUUGCACUACAAACUAAGCUAGUUUAUCUAACCCAUAUUUUGGAAGUGUUGACAAAGGACUUAAUGGAGCAAUCAAGCAAUGUACAGCCGAAGCUCCUGCUCAGACGAACCGAAUCUGUGGUAGAAAAAUUGCUGACAAACUGGAUGUCUGUCUGCCUUUCUGGAUUUCUCCGGGAGACAAUUGGUGAACCUUUCUAUUUGCUAGUGACAACCCUCAAUCAAAGGAUAAACAAAGGACCUGUUGAUGCGAUAACUUGCAAAGCGCUGUACACGCUUAACGAGGACUGGCUGCUGUGGCAAGUGUCCGAAUUCAAAACAGUGGUAUUGAACGUUAUCUUUGAAAAAAUCCCAGAAAAUGAGAGUGGAGAUGCCUGUCAAACUAUCCAAGUUAAUGUUCUGGACUGCGACACCAUAGGCCAAGCCAAGGAGAAGAGCCUUCAGGCUUUCCUUAAUAAGAAUGGCUUUCUCUAUGGCCUUCAGCUGGAUGAAGUCGGUCUUGAACUUCUGUCUGAGGAGCAGCAGAGAGAAUUGUUAGAUAUUGACGGUUCCUCAGAGGUGUUGGAGGAUGGAAUAAGAAAGCUGAAUACCAUCGGGCACUACGAGAUUUCAAAUGGAGCAACCAUAAAGGUCUUUAAGAAGAAGGCAAAUACGCGAUCAGAUGUGGACUACUCGGAUGAACAUUGUCAUUUGAUUUUACCAGACUCGGAAGCAAACAAAGAUGUAAAAGGAACCGGUCACAAAGGAAAGCAAAAAUUCAAAGUGAAAGAAAUGUAUCUGACAAAGCUUCUGUCGACCAAGGUUGCAAUUCAUUCAGUCGUUGAAAAGCUCUUCAGGAGCAUUUGGAGUUUACCCAACAAUAAAGCACCUGUUGCCAUCAAGUACUUUUUUGACUUUCUGGAUGCCCAGGCUGAGAGCAAAAAAAUUACUGACCCUGAUGUGGUCCAUAUAUGGAAAACCAACAGUCUUCCUCUUCGCUUCUGGGUGAACAUACUGAAGAAUCCCCAAUUUGUCUUUGACAUUAAGAAGACUUCACAUAUAGACGGCUGUUUGUCUGUCAUCGCACAAGCUUUCAUGGAUGCCUUUUCUCUGGCAGAGCAGACGCUGGGGAAGGAAGCACCAACAAAUAAGCUUCUCUACGCUAAGGACAUUCCACUCUACAAGAAGGAGGUGAAAGCGUACUAUAAAGCCAUCAGGGAUCUGCCUCCAUUGACCACUUCAGAGGUUGAAGAAUUUCUAACUCAGGAAUCUAAGAAACAUGAAAACGAAUUUAAUGAGAAAGUGGCCUUGAUUGAAAUCUACAGAUACGUAGUGAAAUAUUAUGAUGAGAUUGUCAACAAACUCGAGCGAGAACGGGGGUUUGAAGAAGUCCAGAAGCAGCUCCAGCAAGUAAAAGCCCUGUUUGAUGAAAAGAAAAAAUGCAAAUGGUUUUGAGCAGAGCACUGACUCAUGGCGUCACUGUGGGGGAUUUUAAAUUAGCGCUGCUGCUCCC